GCUCAAUUAUAGACAUCAUUUGAGUAGACAUCAUUUGAGCACCAUGAGGUUCGGCGUCGCUCGAGAGGAGGAGACCGCGCCGCCGGCACCGACCGACGAAACCAACACGUAUUGGGACGUGCAAGAGGUACAAAAGCCUCGCGUAGAUGUGAUUCCAGACCGCCGGCGGUUCCGUGCACCGAGCUCGGACAGUUCUACGACGUCCAGUGACGAAGAAGACGCGUCAGACUCGGACUCUGCGUUGACGGACAGCGACCGCGGUGUUAAUGCGGCGACAUCGGCUCUGGGUACAUUGCAUCUGACAACCAAGUCACGCCAAGAAUUGCUGAAGCAAAUAGAGCGCGCAUGCGAGCGCAAGGCGGUGCAGGCGGUGACGGGUAGUGGCGCGUACCAGGCUCUGUGCAAGACGCUGCAGCGCGCACGGCAGGACGCGGAGGCUCAGCUCCGCCAGAUAGAUGCAGACUUAGGCAGAUCCGAAGAAGAGAUGCUGAGGAAGCAACAGCAGCUGGAGAGGGAGGCGGUGACCAAACUGCAGCAGAUUCGGUCGAAGGAGCGAUCAGUCAUUGAGAGUGUGGAGAAGGAACUGCGAGCCUUUCAGCAGGCGCGAGACGAUGAGCGACGACGAGAAGAGGAGGAAAGGGAGCGUGAAGAAGCUGCGGCACGUCGUGAAGAAGAAGCUCGCGAGAAGGCAUUGCAGGAGGCCAAGGAGAAAGAGGAAGCUGCAGAGGCGCAGCGUAAGGCAGAGCAAGAGGUGGAGAAAGCGCAAGCGAAGGCGAAGGCCCAGGCGGCUGAACGCGCAGCGGAGAAGAAGAAACAGGAGGAGGAGCGUCAAAAGGAACAAGCCGCGACGAAAGCCGCUGAGAAAGAAGCCGCAGCUCAAGCCAAGAAGUACGUCGUGGAAGGACAUGAACGUAUUAAGCGUCUGGAAGAGCUUCAACGACACACCAACGACAUCCUGGAUAGCCCUGAUCCGGCCGUGAAGAAGAUCCGAAUGCAGAUCAGGCGUGAGGCUGGUGUGUGUAACCAAAUUGCUGCGGCUCCCUCUGCUAUCAAGAACGUCGUCAGCAAGAUUCAGCAGCUACUCCAGAUGGCCAAGUCCUCAGGCGACGCGUACUUCAAAUUCGCGCUCGACAUGGUGGCGUCAAACUUGUCCAAGCAGGUAGAAGGUCGUGCAGACUACAAAUCCUGCUACCCUAUUGCGCACGUGAUCAAGAUGAGUUGUGUGCAAACCCCGGAGCUGACGGACGUCAUGCUGGGGUACUUCCACAAGACCUGCGUCUUCACAAUCCCGGACAACCCGGAGAAACACGCGUCACAGUCGAUCGCCGAGUAUAAAAUAUCUGUGGGAUUUCACAAGGCAGUGGGCGAAAGCUCAGAUCCAGAUGGUCUGGAGCACGUCACGGAGUACACAAGACGCAUGACGAUGGUUUCUGCUGUGCUGGCUGCUGUUCAACAGACCACUCCAUGGGAUGGAAGUCCGUCUCCGCCUGGUCUGGAGCUUGGAGAUUGCUGGGCUUGGCUGGCUCGGUUGGUGAACGAGCCGCCGCACCUCAUGACUGGCGCUUUGACUCUGACCAUCCUGGAAGUGGCAGGCUUCGAGUUGCUACGUAACUACAAGAAGCAGUUCCACAAACUGCUGGUUCUAAUUGCUCGUGACGUGUGUCCGCGACUCAGCAAGAACGCCAAGACUGGAGCUGCCAACGCUGCUGGCCAACUCGAGAUGUUUGUGAGCCAGUACCAAGCUAAUCGCUGCAUGCUCAACGAGCCUGAUGGACGAAAACUUGAGGAGACGAAGAUCUCAGAGGAUGAUGAAGAAAGAACUGAUCGUGAUGACUACGGAGGUGGCGGUGGCUACUAUGGUGGUCGUGGAGGAGGCCGAGGUGGUGGACGUGGAGGUCGGGGCCGCGGUGGUGGACGGAGGCGUUAAAAUACAAUGAGAACAGUCGAGUGUCAGUCCAUUUAUUUCAUGAUUCACUCACUUACUGACAGUCUGGUUGGGUUGUUUUACUUCUGGCCGAGCGUGGGCAUCACAGCGCUGUAGCGGGUCUUCUCGUUGUAGUCCCACAGCGACGUGACCGUCUUGAUCUGCGUGUAGAAGUUGAUACCAGCCUUGCCGUAGAAGUUCAGGUCGCCACGGAUCGAUGCACGCGAGCCAGUGAACGAGAACAUGGGCAGAGGGACGGGGAUCGGCACGUUGAUACCGACCUGACCCACAUCGAUUUCGUGUUGGAACUUGCGAGCGGCAGCACCCGAAGACGUGAAGAUCGAAGUGCCGUUGCCGUACGGGUUGCGGUUGAUGAGCUCGAUCGCUUCUUCCAGCGUGUCUACGGACGUGCAGACCAGUACAGGAGCGAAGAUCUCUUCCACGUACGCAGGGUUGUCAGUGCCCACGUUGUUCAGCACAGUAGGGCCCACAAAGUUACCGUUCGGGUACUUGGGAACCUUGACGUUGCGUCCAUCUAGUAGCAGCUCAGCUCCAUUGUCCACACCCUCUUGGAUCAGACGCUCUGCUCGCUCCUUCGCCGCCACUGUGAUCAGAGGACCGACAUCAGUUCCAGGCUCCAGGCCGCCGUUCACCUUCAUUUCCUUGGCCUUCUGUACGAUGUCGUGCACCCAUUCCUUGGACUUGCCGACAAACACCACGACUGACAGAGCCAUGCAUCGUUGACCAGCAGCUCCGAACGCAGCGCCAGCAAGAGCGCCAACAGCCUGCUCCUUGUCGCAAUCAGGCAUAAUGACAGCGUGGUUCUUGGCUCCCAGAUUGGCCUGCACACGCUUGCCGUUAGCGCUGCCACGAGAGUGAAUGUACUCUCCAGCCUGAUUGCCGCCCACAAACGAAAUGGCCUUGAUCUCCGGAGCAUCGCAGAUGAAGUUGACAGUGUCCUGAAGGGGAGCAUGCAACGAUUAGCGACUACUGAAAUGCCUCAGCGUUCAUAUACGCGUCUUACAUGAGCACCGUGAAUGAUGUUGAGAACUCCGUCCGGAAGACCCGCUUCUUGAGCCAGACGAGCAAGAAUCUGCAUCAAAGAAGAGUUAGAACUGAAGUCUAUACAAUAAACAACUUGCUGCUUACCAUUGUGGCACCAGGGU